AUGUUGUUGAAGAAUUUGAAAACAUGGACAAGUUCAAAGCAGGCGUACAUACUGCCUUACAACUGGGACGGAACUGGAGCAGUGGUAUAUAGACCAUAUCUUUACUACAACAGGGAAAAUACGUACUACAUCGUCAAGUACAAUUUGCACACAGAGCGCGAGGAGGCUCAAAUAAGCUUGAGUAGUUACUCACCAAGGAAGAACUCCUAUGGCUGGGGCGGAUCCAGUGGAAUGGACCUAUCGGUUGAUGAGCAAGGACUGUGGGUAUUGUGGGGCAGUACUGGAAACAGCAAGAGAUUGUAUGCCUCCAAAAUUGAUGUUUACAAAAACACAGUAACCAACACUUGGAGUUUGAGUACGGGUAAGCACACAUUGCCGAUUCCAAGAUAGUAUCGACAGUAUCAA